AUGCCUUUUCAGGAUGAGAACAACAUUCCAGAAGUUGAAUGUAUUGAAUGUGGUGCACUGGUUCCCAUGAGCUAUUUAAAGAAACAUAUUAGUGAGAAACAUGGAGUGGAGAUAAAUCCUGUUAAAGUAAGCAAAUUUUAAAAUUUCCCAGAAAUGCAUUUUCUUAUUUGCUAUGUGUGAUUGUAUUGUACAAUUUUAGAGACAACAUACUUUGGAUUGGUCCAGUCUACAAAGUGACAGUAAUGAUAAGGAACAUGUUGAUAUAAAUGAAUGUGAUGAAAACCUACCAGUGCCAGUGUUCAUGUCUGACACAUCCAGGUAUCCCAGUGUACCUAUGAUUUCUUGUGUUAAUGAUAUUUUUGUACCAACAGUGGCAUAGCCAAGGGGGGCGGGGGCAAGGGUUAAAAGCUUAAACCCAGGCAUAAAUUGGGGGGGGGGACAAUGUGUCAAUAAUGAUUCCCAUCUCUUCUGUUUACCAAUAAAAGUUGUAGUGGUCCGUAUAUAGAAUCCUAACUCCAGUAAGAAUGCCUAUGGUGGUUGAAAGCACAUUUGAACUUGAAUUUAAACACAUAGCAGCAGUCAAAGUUCAAAGUUCAUUCUGUUUAUUACAAUAUAAUUUCCACUUUAAAAAUGAAGACAUUAUGAAGACAUUUCAAAAUUCAAAAUUCAAAAUUCAUUCCAUUUCAAAAUUCAGACAUUCAAAAUCUUGAAUGCCAUAAAAAUCCCCCCCCCCCCCAAUUUUAAAUCCUGGCUACGCCACUUUGAACCAAAUGUUUGGUGUUUCUUAUUAUUUGAAUGAUAUUGCAUUAAUUUAGAAAGAUAUCAUUGUUGGAAGAGAUCAAUGCUUCAAACUGAAGAGAUCAAUGCUGCUCUCUCAAGAGCUAGUGGAGAUGUCAAUGCUGCAGCUGAAAGUUUGCUUGGUAAGCUUUAUCAGAUUUACGAUCGAGCAAUACUCAGGGAUCCCAAGGAUAGUGCAAAGUUUCACACAGCAAAGCAGCAGUGUUAAUGAUAAUUUUGCCAAUUAUUGUCGUUAAACGCAUGUGUAUUAAUCGAUAAAUUAUAUAUACACUAACUGAAAGCAUAUACUUAGGGGUGGAAGAUGACGAAGAUGUAGAAAUUGUUGAAAGUUCCCCAACAUCAUCAUCUGAGAUCAGUGACCCAAAAGCGGCAAUAGCUAAGUUUAGAAGUGAGGUUAUCGACAAAUUAUCUCCUCGACAGCUGUUUUCUGUCUCCCGCUUGAAGGGUCGGAGGAGCUAAAGUGUGACAUAUUUCUAUGUUAUAAGGGGAAGUGAAACAAAUUAAACGCUCUUCCUAGAAUCAGGUUUGAAGAAGAGGAAGGAGCUGGUAGCGGCCUUGUCCGUGAAUUUUUAUUAUGUGCCAUAAAGAUGGUUGACGAAGGAAUGAAAAUAUCGUCCAAACCCACUAUUUUUUUCGAGGGAGAAACGGAUCGCAUUCCAUUGCAUGAUCAAGCUUCACGCGUUGCUGGUUCAUUUAAAGCAAUUGGACGAAUAAUCGUGCACUCAGCGUUGCAUGGUGGGCCAUCUAUCCAUGGCAUAUCACCAGCAAUUGUUCAUUACUUUUGUAAUUCUGCAAAAGAAUUAGAAGAUAAUCCACCACCUCCUUCUCUUAAUGAUAUUCCAGAUAUUGAACUGAGGAAGUGUAUAAGUGAGGUUCGUAUUAGUAAAUAUUCUGUUUAAAAACGGAGCACAACUUCUACAACAAACAAAUUUUCUGAUCUUUUGUCAUUUCAGCUUGAGUCCUCACCGAAUGAUAAAACACUUCCAGAAGACUUAAAGAGCCAAUUGGAGCCGUACCUGCUUGAUGCUGGCCUAGACCCCCAUAAUCAAGAUAGGAAAUUCCCCGUUCAAGGUCUCAUGCUGUACAACGUUAUUAACAAACGGCAUCUAGAAAUUGAAGAUAUUUGUAAAGGUAUAUAUCAUAAAUGUUGCGCUGUUUUAAUAGUGUUGCAGACAUCUUUUACAACGGUCUCACUCAGUGAGUAGUGUCGAACGAUAUACUAUUCCAUAAGCUUAGAAUUACAACAAUAUUAUGUCAUUUUAAAUAUUAAAAUGAUUUGAAAAAGUAUUAAUAAAGAAAAUUAUGAUUUUUGAAUAAAUUUUAAGGAGUGGAGGAGCUUAAGCUUAUUACGUAUCUUUCGAAGUGGCCUGUACUUGGUGAUUUGAUAUUUCCCAGAGAACAUGAACGACACAUCAACUUGACAGAGUUUCAAGAAAAAAGCCGAUUUGAAGACAAUGAAGAAAACAAAUUAACAGAGGAAUUCUUUUACAAGUAUCUUGACCUGAUACACCAAAGAAGUGAAGCUAGAUGGACAAAGAAAUUUUUAUGUUUAUGGGGGGUGUGCACCCCCAAAUAUUUUGCACCCCCAAGUUUCCAACCUCUGGUUUCCCACCGCACCUAGAGAAAUUUUCACACACCCCCCCCCCCAACAAAAAUUGGGAUAAAUGAAAGUAGAUUUUGAACAAAGGCCUGUUUUAUACGUCGAAUUUUGGUAGCAUCAAAUGCAAUUCAAACAAUAGAUAAUGAAUCAUAAAUUAGCUUUAUCAUCUCAUUAUAUAUUGUGUUAAUUGCAUUCGACGCAACCAGAAUUCGACGUAUAAAAUAGGCCUAAGUAAGACUAAAAACAAGGAUUUUGAACCAAAUCGGACCAAAAAUCCGGGGGCUUUGUCCCAUUACUUCCAUUAGCAAAUGUGCAGCUUGCUCUGCGGCGGUACGCACCCUGUCUCUCACAUACCCUCCUUGGCACCUCUCCCCCCCCCCAACAAAAUCUGACGUUCUAACGGCCAUAACUAAAAGUAAUACUUACAUUCACAGAAGGAGCUGGCUUGAUGGAGUUGUGUUCAUUCUGGACUGGGAUAAAUAAGCUGGCGUCAAGCACUAACCACGAAAGCAUGCUGGUAAAGUUUGACGCGAGCAUUGACCUUCCUAUUGUGGAAACGUGUUUUAACUCCAUGACCAUUCCAUCUAAAUUUGAUAACUUCGAAGAUUUUGCCAAGAUGAUGGACAUAGCAAUCAAAUAUGGAUCAAAGGGAUUCACCUCUAUUUAA